UCAUUCAUAAAUUAGAAAGCCUCCCUUAACCUUACAAUCUUCAUACCUCAUUACUCCCACAUACACUUUCAUCAUCCACCCUUCUCUCAAUGGAAGCAAGCGCCGGCCUCGUCGCCGGUUCUCAUAACCGGAAUGAACUUGUUGUCAUCCAAGGCCAUGAAGAGCCAAAACCAUUGAAGGAUCUGAGUGGACAAGUUUGUGAGAUAUGUGGAGAUGAGAUCGGACUUUCCGUUGAUGGAGACCUGUUUGUUGCUUGCAAUGAGUGUGGUUUUCCGGUGUGCCGUCCUUGCUAUGAGUAUGAAAGGAGAGAAGGCAGCCAAAACUGUCCUCAGUGCAAGACCAGAUACAAGAGGCUCAAAGGGAGUCCAAGGGUGGAGGGAGAUGAUGAAGAAGAAGACAUUGAUGAUAUCGAGCACGAGUUCAACAUGGAUGAUGAGCAGUAUAAAAACAACCAUGUUGCUGAAGCAAUGCUUCAUGGGAAAAUGAGUUAUGGACGAGGUCAUGAUGAUGAAGAAAAUGCUCAUUUUCCUCCUGUUAUAGCUGGUCUUCGCUCUCGACAUGUCAGUGGGGAGUUUCCAAUCUCUGGUAAUGGAGCAGAUCACAUGCCUACACUGCAUAAGCGUGUGCAUCCAUAUCCUACGUCUGAGCCAGGAAGUGCAAGAUGGGAGGACAAAAAAGAUGGAGGAUGGAAUGAAUGGAAACUGCAACAGGGGAAUCUGGGGCCUGAUCAUGAAGAUUAUAAUGACUUGGAAAACGCCAUGAAUGAUGAAGCAAGGCAACCACUAUCUCGGAAGGUACCCAUUGCAUCUAGCAAGAUCAAUCCCUAUCGUAUGCUGAUUGUUCUUCGGCUUUUUGUUUUGGCUAUGUUCCUUCGAUAUCGUAUCCUGAACCCUGUCCAUGAUGCCAUUGGGCUCUGGCUGACAUCUGUGAUUUGUGAGAUAUGGUUUGCCUUCUCAUGGAUCCUUGAUCAGUUCCCAAAAUGGUUCCCCAUAGAUCGAGAAACAUACUUAGAUCGCCUCUCACUCAGAUAUGAGAAAGAAGGUGAGCCAAAUAUGCUUGCACCCAUUGAUGUCUUUGUCAGUACGGUUGAUCCGAUGAAAGAACCUCCUCUUAGUACAGCCAACACUAUUCUAUCUAUAUUAGCAAUGGACUAUCCAGUUGAGAAGGUCUCAUGCUAUAUUUCUGAUGAUGGAGCUUCAAUGCUUACCUUUGAAGCACUCUCAGAAACUGCAGAAUUUGCUAGACAAUGGGUUCCUUUCUGCAAGAAAUUUUCCAUAGAACCUAGAGCACCAGAGUUUUACUUUUCCAAUAAAAUUGAUUAUCUCAAGGACAAGGUCCAACCAACUUUUGUGAAGGAGCGACGAUCUAUGAAGAGAGCCUAUGAAGAAUUUAAGGUUCGGGUAAAUGCACUAGUGGCAAAAGCCUUGAAAGCGCCUCCAGAAGGUUGGAUCAUGCAAGAUGGAACACCAUGGCCCGGAAAUAAUACAAAGGAUCACCCUGGUAUGAUUCAAGUUUUUCUAGGACAGAAUGGAGGACAUGACACUGAAGGAAAUGAACUUCCCCGUUUGGUUUAUGUCUCUCGUGAGAAGAGGCCCGGCUUCCAACAUCACAAGAAAGCUGGUGCAAUGAAUGCCUUGGUUCGUGUCGCUGCAGUUCUAACGAAUGCACCUUUCAUGUUAAAUUUGGAUUGUGACCACUACUUGAACAACAGUAAGGCGGUUAGGGAAGCAAUGUGUUUCUUGAUGGAUCCACAAACUGGAAAGAAAGUUUGCUAUGUUCAAUUUCCUCAAAGAUUUGAUGGCAUAGACAAGAAUGAUCGAUAUGCCAAUAGAAAUACAGUGUUUUUUGAUAUUAACAUGAAAGGACUAGAUGGAAUUCAAGGACCUGUCUAUGUGGGAACAGGAUGUGUCUUCAGAAGGCAAGCCUUGUAUGGUUAUGAACCACCUAAACGUCCAAAGAGGCCAAAGAUGGUAAGUUGUGCCUGCUGCCCAUGUUUUGGUCGCCGCAAGAAGCAUCAAAAGUCCAAACUUAGUGCAAAAGGAGAUGCUAACAUAGACGUUCAAGGUUAUGAGGACGAUCAGGAGCUCCUAAUGUCCCAGAUGAAUUUUGAAAAGAAAUUUGGACAGUCAGCAAUUUUUGUGACUUCAACCUUGAUGAUUGAUGGAGGGGUUCCUCCCUCAUCAAGUCCAGCAGCACUCCUGAAGGAAGCCAUUCAUGUCAUUAGCUGUGGUUAUGAGGAUAAAACAGAAUGGGGUAUCGAGUUGGGUUGGAUUUAUGGAUCAAUUACAGAGGACAUCCUAACAGGAUUCAAGAUGCAUUGCCGUGGUUGGAGGUCAAUAUAUUGCAUGCCGAAAAGACCUGCAUUUAAAGGGUCUGCUCCUAUCAACCUCUCUGAUCGGCUUAACCAGGUGCUUCGUUGGGCCCUUGGUUCUGUCGAAAUCUUCUUCAGUCGGCACAGCCCAUUAUGGUAUGGGUAUAAAGGAGGAAAACUAAAGUUUCUUGAGCGCUUUGCAUAUGUAAACACUACUAUCUACCCCUUCACCUCCUUGCCAUUGCUUGCCUAUUGUAUACUUCCAGCCAUCUGUCUGCUCACUGGAAAAUUCAUCAUGCCAACGAUUAGCACUUUUGGAAGUCUUUUCUACCUUGGACUCUUUAUGUCAAUCAUUGCCACUGGAAUUCUUGAGCUCAAGUGGAGUGGAGUUAGCAUAGAAGAAUGGUGGAGAAAUGAGCAAUUUUGGGUCAUUGGUGGAGUGUCAGCACAUCUGUUCGCGGUCAUACAAGGGCUUCUUAAGAUUUUGGCUGGAAUUGACACUAACUUUACAGUCACAUCAAAGACUGUUGAUGAUGAGGAUGAAUUUUCUGAACUCUAUACCUUUAAGUGGACAACUCUUCUUAUUCCUCCAACCACAAUCUUAAUCAUCAACUUAGUAGGAGUCGUUGCUGGAAUCUCUGAUGCCAUAAAUAGUGGAUACCAGUCAUGGGGACCUCUCUUUGGAAAGCUUUUCUUCGCGUUUUGGGUGAUUGUCCAUCUCUAUCCAUUCCUUAAAGGUCUCAUGGGGAGGCAAAACAGGACACCAACCAUUGUUGUCAUAUGGUCAAUUCUAUUGGCCUCUAUAUUCUCCUUACUCUGGGUGCGGAUUGACCCGUUUGUUGUAAGAGCAAAGGGUCCUGAUACGAAGGCAUGUGGACUCAAUUGCUGAAGUUGUAGUUUCUGUAACAGCCAUUGCAGUGUUGCACCACGAAAGCAAUGACAGUAGUGUAUUGAUUGGGUCAUGUAGCACCAAAUAUUUUUGUCAGCAGAAGUUGUGUAAAUUUUAUACUUGGUUUUUUUUGAA